GUCUAUUCAACCAGCUCCUAUCCUUUUCUGCCUGCUCAUCUUGCCUCUGGACAGGAGGUGCCCGUACAGUCUCCUGUGUCUUCUUGAACUAAGAAGCACGCUCUUCACUGGAACUGGCUGGAUGUCAGUGAAAAGACAAACAGUCCAAGAGGGAUCACGUGUCUGGCAGCAACAAAAUUGAGAUCAUAACCUCGCUCCAAAAGCAGUCUCGACAGGGACGCUUCACAGAAGGCAAACAGUUAAAGCAAAAUCUAGAUAUGUAGCAGAGCCCACGAAAACAACUGAAUUGUUGUCCUCUAAAUAAGGAGAUCCUGGAUAAAGAGUGCUUCUAUAGUCCUUGCUUCAAAUUACCCAAAAGGCAAAAUGAGUAAGAGAGAGAUAAGGUUGUGUCAACAAACUGGGGCUUUACUAUGCAAGAAUGUUCUUAAAAAAUGGAGGAUGAGAAGAGACUCCUUAAUGGAAUGGUUGAUCUCAUCGCUCCUUCUACUUUGUUUAUACCUGUCUCCUAAUAUUCAUCAUGUUAAUGAUUUCUCUUCAAUGCCCACUGUGGACCUGGGACGUGUAGAUUCAUUUAAAGAUUCUAACUAUAUUAUCGCAUACACACCCGUCACCAAUACAACUCAACAGAUAAUGAAUAAAGUAACCUCAGCCCCCUUCAUGACAGGUAGGGUAGUCAUGGGACUGUCAGAUGAAGAAGGUAUUGAAGAAUUAUCUGCAAUGUAUCCUGAGGAAAUAGUAAAAGUCAUCUUUACUGAUACAUUCUCAUAUCAUUUGAAGUUCUUGUUGGGACACAGAAUCCCAACAAGGAAGGAACACGGGGACCAUACAGCUCAUUGUUAUGAAAUCCAUGGAGAUAUUGACUGUGGAAUUUCAGAAUUCUGGGAGAAAGGUUUUGUGGCUUUUCAAGCUGCCAUUAAUGCUGCUAUCAUAGAAAGCACAACAAAUCAUUCAGUGAUGGAAGAAUUGAUGUCAGCUACUGGAAAAAUUAUGAAGAUAUAUCCCUUCAUAAGUCAAGGAGGACUUAUGACAGAUGUCUUCAUUUUCUUCUGUAUCAUUUCUUUUUCCCCAUUCACUUACUAUGCCUCUAUCAAUGUUACAAGAGAGAGGAAGAAGAUGAAGGGCUUGAUGACAAUGAUGGGUCUUCGAGAUUCAGCAUUCUGGCUCUCCUGGGGUUUGCUCUAUGCUGGCUUUAUCCUCAUUAUGGCCCUUUUUGUGGCCGUUAUUGUUAAAUCUUCCCAGUUUGUUAUCCUGUCUGGCUUUGCGGUGGUCUUCGUACUCUUUCUCCUCUAUGGAUUGUCUUUGAUAGCCUUGGCUUUCUUAAUGAGCGUCUUGGUAAAGAAGUCUUUCCUCACUGGCCUGGUCGUGUUCCUUCUCACUGUCCUUUGGGGGAGUCUGGGAUUCACAGCGUUGUAUAGACAUCUUCCUGUAUCCUUGGAGUGGACUUUAAGUAUUUUUAGCCCUUUUGCCUUCAUGGUUGGAAUGGCUCAGCUUCUACGCUUGGACUAUGACUUGAAUUCUAACGCAUUUCCUGAUUUAGCACAUGGCUCAAAUCCAAUCGUAGCAACACAUUUCAUGUUGGUGUUUGAUAUUUUCCUCUAUCUGGCACUGAUGAUUUACUUUGAAAAAGUUUUGCCAAAUGAAUAUGGACAUCAACAUUCACCCUUGUUUUUCCUUAAGUCCUCAUUUUGGUCACGACAACAAACGGCUGAUCAGGUGGCCCUUGAAGAUAAACUAGAUUCUGAUCCUUCAUCUGACGACUCUUUUGAACCAGUGUCUACAGAGUUCCAUGGGAAAGAAACCAUCAGAAUCAGAAAUGUUACAAAAGAAUACAAAAGAAAGCCCGACAACAUAGAAGCUUUGAAAGAUCUGGCAUUUGACAUAUAUGAAGGGCAGAUUACUGCAAUACUUGGCCACAGUGGAGCUGGGAAAUCAACACUGCUAAACAUUCUUAGUGGGUUGUCUGUUCCUACCAAAGGUUCAGUCACCAUUUACAAUAACAAACUUUCAGAAAUGACUGACUUCGAAAAUAUCAGCAAACUUACUGGAGUUUGCCCGCAAUCCAAUGUUCAAUUUGACUUCCUCACUGUGAAAGAAAAUCUCAGGCUGUUUGCUAAAAUAAGAGGGAUUCUACCACAAGAAGUGGAUAAAGAGGUAGAAAGAGUUUUGCUGGAAUUGGAAAUGAAAAAUAUUCAGGAUGUCCUCGUUCAAAACUUAAGUGGUGGACAGAAAAGAAAGUUAACCUUUGGUAUUGCCAUUUUAGGAGAUCCUCAGAUUUUCUUAUUAGAUGAACCCACUGCUGGGUUAGAUCCUUUUUCAAGACACCGUGUAUGGAACAUCCUGAAGGAGCGUAAAAAAGACAGAGUGAUCCUCUUCACUACCCAGUUCAUGGAUGAGGCUGACAUCCUGGCUGAUAGGAAAGUGUUUCUCUCCAAAGGGAAGCUGAAGUGUGCAGGCUCUUCUCUGUUUCUGAAGAAGAAAUGGGGGAUUGGAUAUCACUUAAGUUUGCAGGUGAAUGAAACGUGUAUUCAGGAAGAAAUAACAGCACUUAUUAAACAGCACAUCCCUGAUGCCAAAUUAUCAGCACAAAGUGAAGGAAAACUUAUCUAUACGUUGCCCUUAGAAAGAACAAAUAAAUUCCCAGAACUUUACAGGGAUCUCGAUGUCUGUCCUGGCCUGGGAAUUGAGAAUUAUGGUGUUUCCACAACAACUUUGAAUGAGGUGUUCCUGAAAUUAGAAGGAAAAUCAGCCAUUGAUGAAUCAGAUAUUGGCAUUUUGGGAGAAGUACAAGCAGAAGGAGCUGGAGACACAGAAAGGCUCAUUGAGAUGGAACAAGUCCUCUCUUCACUUAAUGAGAUGAAAAACACAAUGAGUGGCAUGGCUCUCUGGGGGAGGCAAGUCUGUGCAAUUGCAAAGGUUCGCUUAUUAAAGUUAAAGCAUGAAAGAAGAGCACUUUUAUCACUGCUAUUGAUUGUAGUGGUUGGAUUUUCUCCUCUUCUUUUGGAAUAUAUCAUCACAAAAAUAUAUCAAAAAAGUUACACUUGGGAACUUUCUCCUCAUAUGUACUUUCUGGCUCCUGGACAACAACCACAUGACCCCCUCACUCGCUUACUGAUCAUCAAUAAAACAGGGGCAAGCAUUGAUGACUUUAUGUAUCCUGUGGAACGCCAGAACAUAGCUCUGGAGGUGGAUGCAUUUGGAACUAGAAAUGGCACGGAUGACCCAUCUUAUAAUGGAGCCAUCAUAGUGUCUAGCAAUAAAAAGAAGUACCACUUUUCAUUAGCUUGCAAUGCCAAAAGAUUGAAUUGUUUCCCAGUUCUUAUGGAUAUUGUUAGUAAUGGGCUACUUGGAAUGUUUAAACCAUCAGCACAUAUCCAAACUGACAGAAGCACAUUUUGGGGGGAAGAAGAGAGUAACCCCUUUGAAUUCCUAAGCCUUACCAUGUUCUGGCUGAUUUUGGCAGCCAGCUGUUCUCCUUAUAUUGCCAUGAGCAGCAUUGAAGAUUAUAAGAACAAAGUCCGGUCUCAGCUACGGAUAUCCGGGCUCUUCCCUUCCUCUUACUGGUUUGGGCAGGCACUGGUGGAUGUUCCAUUGUACUGCUUGAUGUUCCUUUUUAUGUAUUUAAUGGACUACAUUUUAAGCUCUGAAGAGACUAUAUUUAAAAUUGUAAAUAAGAUUAUGCAAAUACCAUGUGCUAUUGGUUAUGCCACAUCACUUAUCUUUCUGACAUACGUAAUUUCAUUCAUUUCUCGAAAUGGGAGAAAAAAUAGUGGGAUUUGGGCCUUUUGCUUCCAUAUUAUCACCAUAUUCUCUGUGACUGGAUUUCUGUUAGAAAUCAGUGGAACUAGUGCACUACUUUGCAUAACCUUUUUAAUUCCACCUGCCACACUGAUUGGCUGUAUGUUCUUAUCUUUUCGUCUUUUCAUGUUUGCUAUGUUUAGUGAAAAAGGUGCUGUAGGCGCAUUCCUGGUAUUCCUAAUCCCUUUCCUUCAUUUUAUCAUCUUUGUUUUUAUUCUGCGAUGUCUGGAAUGGAAGUUUGGAAAGAGAACAAUGAGAAAGGAUCCCGUCUUUAGAAUUUCUCCAAGAAGCAAUGACGUGUGUCAAAAUCCAGAAGUCCCAGAAGGGGAGGAUGAAGAUGUUCAGAUGGAAAGAGUGAGAACAGCAAAUGCUUUGAAUUCUACAAAUUUUGAUGAGAAGCCAGUCAUUAUUGCCAACUGUCUACGCAAGGAGUAUACAGGGCAGAGGAAAUGCUGCAUUUCUAAGAAGAAGAAGAAAAUAGCCACAAGAAAUGUCUCUUUCUGUAUUAGAAAAGGUGAGGUUUUAGGAUUAUUAGGACACAAUGGAGCUGGAAAGAGUACAUCUAUCAAGGUUAUAACUGGAGACACAAAACCAACUGCAGGACAGGUGUUACUACAAGGCAGCAGCAGAGGGGAUACCACCGGGUUCUUGGGGUACUGUCCUCAGGAGAACACACUGUGGCCCAACCUGACAGUGAGGGAGCAUUUGGACGUGUACGCCACUGUGAAAGGGCUGAGGAAAGGAGACGCUACAGCUGCCAUUACACGGUUAGUAGACGCACUCAAGCUGCAGGACCAGCUGAAGGUGCCCGUGAAGACCUUGUCAGAGGGGAUAAAGAGGAAGCUGUGCUUCGUGCUGAGCAUCCUGGGUGGCCCAGCAGUGGUGCUUCUAGAUGAGCCGUCCACGGGGAUGGACCCCGAAGGGCAACAGCAGAUGUGGCAGGCGAUCCGAGCCACCAUCAGAAACACGGAGCGGGGCGCCCUCCUGACCACACACUACAUGGCCGAGGCGGAGGCUGUGUGCGACCGUGUGGCCAUCAUGGUGUCCGGGAGGCUCAGAUGUAUCGGUUCCAUCCAACACCUGAAAAGCAAGUUUGGUAAAGAUUACCUGCUGGAGAUGAAGGCGAAGACCCCCGCACAGGUGGAGCUCCUCCAUGAGGAGAUUCUGAGGCUCUUCCCCCAGGCUGCUCGGCAGGAGAGGUACUCCCCUCUGAUGGUCUACAAGUUGCCGGUGCAGGAUGUGCGACCUUUAUCCCAGGCUUUCUUCAAAUUAGAGCAGGUGAAGCAGAGCUUCGACCUGGAGGAGUACAGCCUGUCUCAGUCCACCCUGGAGCAGGUUUUCCUGGAACUUUCCAAAGAGCAGGAGCUGGAUGAUUUUGAUGAAGAAAUUGAUGCCUCAGUGAAGUGGAAGCUCCUCCCCCAGGAAGAGCCGUAAAGCCCCCCAAUGCUCAGUGAUGCUGUUUAAACCUGUGGUUGCUUUUUUUAAGACAUUUAUUUUUAUAUCAUUAAUGUCCUAUUUUUAGAAACUACAUUAUAAACACUGAAAUGGUUCUUCAUGAUGUCAUAGUUAUAAUGUUAUGAUUUUAUUCGGAAAUACUGGAAAGGUUCUUGGUGGGGUGGGAAAGGAGGAGUGAGCGCCGGGGAAGUACAGUGGGCCACCGCCAGAGCCACCUGGUGGGCAGACCUCCCAGUCACAGCCUCUAUGUCACUGCAGAUCACCCAGAUCCAUACGUCUGUAUAAUGCUGAAUAAAUAAGUUUUCUUUUAUGAGAUUAUUUAAGUCUCUGAGUCUGAUAAAUGUUGUUUAAUUUUUUUAAUUGAAACUUUUAAACAUUUUUUUUUCUAACCUAGACUGAGAAGUCCAUAUAUUUACUCUUCUGGAAGUUUAAUACUGAGUAAAGCUGAUAUUUUAAUAAGACUUUAAGUGACCAUGUCAAAAAGUAUCAUACUUUUUAAAAGUAGAUUUUAGUGUGUUUUCUCAUGGCUCACCAGUUGCCGUCAAAUCAGCUCUGACUCAUGAUGACCUCAUGUGUAUCACAGUAGAACUGUGCUCCUUAGGGUUUUCUUGGAUUUAAACUUUAUGGAAACCGGUCUCUAGGCCUUUCUUUCGUGGCACUACUGGGUGGGUUUGGACUGCCAACUUUUUGGUUGACAGCCAAGUGUGUUAACCAUUUGCGCUACCCAGAGAUUUCUUCUUAUGGCUAAAAGCACUAAAACUGUGUGAGUCGUAAUGCCUGAUAUCAAUAUAUUUGAUAACAUAUCCACCUGAUAACACUAUCAAUGAUGUAGAUACUGUCUGGAAAACUAAAAACUUGUUAUGGAAUUUGUUGUACUUUUUUUUAAUUCUGUAAGGCAACUAAGUCCCAUUUUCAUUGUAUUUUUAAAUCUAAGCUUUAGACAUUCCUGGCUUGUAACUGGUCUUUUAUGACAUUUGCCACUUGGUCUCAGAAAGUUGAUAAAUGUGGCAACAGAUCAAAUAGCCAAGUAGGUAGAAAAUGUAAAAAAAAUCUCACAUAUAGCAUAUAUGUAGUUUUGAGAUAUGUUUUCUAUUUCAUGUGUUUCUUGACUAAGUGGCCUCCUGUUUACAUAUCCCACUGAUAACAUAAACUGGUUAUAGAUAUUGGACUUUCAAGCCAUCACGGUAGGUCCUUAAGUUACACUAGCAUUGGGACUAAUGUUUUGGGCAUUGCCCUAAAUAUUACCUUUGUGUGCCAAGUAUAAUAAUUCCCAAUUUCAGUUACUUCCUAUCACCUACUUUUUGUGUUUAUCACUGUGAAACUGAUUAACCAGUGUAGAGAAUAAUACUCAGAUUCCUGUUAGCUUGAGUAGAAGGUGACUUAUCUCAUUCACCUUUUGUAUUACUAUAGAACGAUGUUGGGAUUUGGAACACCAGGAUAUCUAAAUAUGAGUUGUUCUCUAGGUGUGUGAUCAAGAGUAAAUCCCACAACCUUGCCAAACUUAGUUAAUUCAAUUAUUAAUGCAAGGAUUCCCAGACACUAAACUGUUCUCAUUUUUAGAUAUGUAAAUCAAUGAUCAGAGGAUAAGUAACCUAACCAAGAUCAUACAGUUGGUAAUUAGCCCAUCCAACAUCCAACCAGAUCUGAUGUUAAAGCCCACAAUCUUCCCAUGACACCAAGCUGCUUCAAAUAAUUGCUGAGUCCUGGACUGGGAAGGCAGUUCAGUUUCUUUUUUCCUUCAGCAUUCUGAAUGUGUUGUUCCAGUGUGUCUUCUAACCCGCUGCCAUUGAGUCAAUUCUGACUCACAGAGACUCUAUAGGCCAGAAUAGAACUGCCCCAGUAGGUUUCCAAGGAGCGGCUGGUGGAUUCAAACUGCCAGGCUUUUGGUCAGCAGCCCAAGCUCUUAACCACAGCGCCACCAGAGCUCCACUGUGUCUUAUAGUUUCCACAUACUUUGAUGAGAAUUCAGCUAUUACUGUAUUUUUACACAAAUAAUGCGUGCCUUCUACAUUUGUUUGCCAACCUUGCCCU